CGCCAUGAGGCAGGCAGCAUUUCGAAUCAUUUUCAGUACAAACUUUGUGUCGAGAACACAUAAAACCCACUCCAAUCAAAUAAACGCUGCAAACCAAGAACUACAAGAUGAACUUUUUGCUGAUCUUUAGCUCUGCCCUGAUGAUGAUGAUGUUGGUGAUGAUGCAACCGGGGUUGACCCACAGCCUGCGGAUGAAGCGUUCUCAGAACAAUUCCGAAAGUGAUUCCAGUGGCUCCACUGCCAGUGCCACCGAUGCACCGCUGAGCGGAAAGGCCACCGUGGUGUUUGCACGAACCAAUGGCACAACAACUGGCAUCACUUCAACCACAUCUUCAAAGCAGAAGAUUACAGCUGGACCGAAGCAGACGACUGUGGUGAAUGUGAAAACCACGGAUGCCUGCACCACCACCACCACCACCAGCUCUUCAGCUCCUGUGAAAUCCACAUCCUCGCCGUUGGAUGCCGGGAAAAUCCAGUUGGUGGAGGAUCUGAUGGGGCUGCGCCGUCCCAAGAGGCGAAUGGGUGGUUUGAUGGACGAGAAUGUGCAGCCGCGACAGUUGCACCACAAGCGUCGCCAGGGAGGGGAAGUGGUAGCUGCCACCACCACCACCCCGCAGCCAGUUAACCCUUAUGUGUACUACAACAAGCUGGUCUCGCCGGAUGGCAAGCACGAGCUGAAGGAGUUCGAGCUGCUGGCACCCAACAUGAUGAUUGAGAGCGUGCAGCAGGAGCUCAACUUUGGACCGGAUGUUCUGCCACCGGAAUUGGCCGAAGUGCUACUGCUGAAUGCAGCGGAGAACACUCCGCGUGGUGUCCAUAAUUCAGGUCCGUUGAGCAAGCACCACCACAAGCACAAAUCCUCGCCGGCUUUGCCACCGAUGCUCUACAUGCUGCAACAACUACUGCAGCAGCAGCAACAGCAGCUAUCUCCCUUCGAGGGAAGUAUCCUUGUGGAACCGCUAAAGGAGCCAAAGGAGCCGCAACAUCGCGUUAGCUCGCCUUUAUAUCAAUUCCUUGACGGGGCCAUGGAUCUGGCAUUGCGCAACAAUCCCGAUGUCAUCGAACACCUGUUGGGGGAUCACCUCGAGCUGGAAUUGGAGCUGGGAAAGAACAAGCAGAAGGGCAGCAAGGACAAGGGGCUAACCAAGAAGGCCAAGAAGGAUUCACAAAAGAUGGAGCUGUUCGCUCCUAAGGAUGAGCUCAUUGUCAGCUGCCCCAUUCACCACGAACACCACGCCAAUCGCAAUGGCGAAAUAGUCGAGGACGAUAUGGUCAUGGUCAACGAGUGCCAUCUAAUCUAGAUCCAUGUGGAAUUGGCCAUAUAUCUUAGAUAUUUAUUUGAAGGCAGCUUCCAUUAGGUUUUUAAAUUUUAGGUUACUGGUUUUUUCCGCAAUCGUUAUUUCGUUGCUAAAGCAGAAAGUCAACCUUAAAUUGUUUUCAUAAAUUCAUGUUAGUGUUGAAUCUUUUUAAGGUGGACUUUGUUAUGAAAAAAGAAUCAAAACAAUAAAAACUAAAUACACCAA